GGAAGCUUCGAGGGCUAUAAGAGCAGACAGGUUUUUUCCUCUGUCGCACCUGUUUCUCGAAUCUCUUCUCCCGCAGCAGCAGACGCGGUGGCCGAGGCCAAGUUUCCUUCCGCUUCGUCUCCCAGAUCCAAAUCCUUAUACCGUCGUCUCUCCCUGCCUCUCCUGGUAUUCGGGGUCUGACGAAUGGCUUCGAAGCGGAUUUUGAAGGAGCUCAAGGAUCUCCAGAAGGAUCCUCCUACAAACUGCAGCGCUGGUCCUGUGGCUGAAGACAUGUUCCACUGGCAAGCCACUAUCAUGGGACCCCCCGACAGCCCAUAUGCCGGUGGAGUAUUUCUGGUCACCAUUCAUUUCCCCCCGGAUUAUCCUUUCAAGCCUCCAAAGGUGUCUUUCAAAACUAAGGUCUUCCACCCGAAUAUCAACAGCAACGGAAGCAUUUGUCUUGAUAUCCUGAAAGACCAGUGGAGCCCUGCCCUUACCAUAUCCAAGGUUCUGCUGUCGAUUUGCUCACUGCUGACAGACCCGAACCCAGAUGAUCCGUUGGUGCCAGAGAUUGCUCACAUGUACAAGACGGACAGAGCAAAGUACGAGGCCACUGCACGCAGCUGGACCCAGAAGUACGCCAUGGGGUGAUGAUGAGGAGUUUUAAAAUGUAAAACUUUCCAAUGCUUUUGAUUUUAUAAGAAGAAGUAUCUAAUGGGUUGGAUCGGCUGCAAUACAUAAUCGAACAUCGCGCUGAAUGGUUAUUAUUAUGACUAUUUCCCUUGUAUUUUGUUUUCGUCGUUUUAAUCUCGUGACUCUGCGGCUUCAAGUUUGGAUUUUUCAGCUCAUCGUGGGAUAUAAUAAUGGGUGUAAUAUUCGAUUCA